AUGCUGAAAAGAUAUCUCUCUUCAACCUCCGCCAAGAGCUUGGCGAGUGCUUUAGACGAGAAAGUGUACCAAGUCACCACUUAUGCGAGACCAGACGAUCUUUGUAUUACCAGAGGCCAAAAUGCCAAACUCUAUGAUGAUAUCAAUGGGAGAGAGUACAUUGACUUUACUGCUGGUAUAGCAGUCACUGCUUUGGGUCACUCAAAUCCUGAGGUGGCAGAUAUAAUGCACAAGCAGGCUUUGAAGUUGGUGCAUUCUUCGAAUCUGUAUUACAAUAAAGAAUGCUUAGACUUGAGCUCGAAGCUAGUUGAGAAGACAAAGAAGUUUGGAGGACAAUUCGACGCUUCAAAGGUUUUUCUAUGUAAUUCUGGUACUGAGGCCAAUGAGGCGGCCCUGAAAUUUGCUAAGAAACACGGUAUCACUAUUAAUCCCAAGAAGCAAGGUAUCAUCGCUUUCCAAAAUUCAUUCCAUGGACGUACUAUGGGGGCUUUGUCCGUUACUUCUAAUCCCAAGUACAGAACACCAUUCGGAGACCUGAUUCCUCAUGUGACAUUUUUGAACUUGAACGAUGAGUUGACUAAAUUCAAUGAUUACAUCAGUUCGAACAGAGAUAAGUUAGCUGGGUUGAUUGUGGAACCAGUGCAGGGUGAAGGUGGUAUUUUUCCAGUUCCAGCCGAUAAGCUGAUCGGUUUGAAAAAAAUCUGCAGCGAAAACGAAGUCGCUGUCAUUUAUGAUGAGAUUCAGUGUGGUCUUGGUCGUACCGGCAAGCUGUGGGCUCAUGCCGCCUUGCCCAAGGAAGCCCAUCCAGAUAUUUUCACCUCCGCAAAGGCUCUUGGUAACGGAUUCCCCAUUGCAGCCACGAUUGUGAACGACAAGAUCAACAAUGCCUUACAAGUCGGUGAUCAUGGAACCACUUACGGUGGUAACCCUCUAGGUAGUGCGGUUAGCAAAUACGUGGUGGAUGUGAUUGCAGACGAGAAGUUCUUGAGCCAAGUCGAGGCCAAAGGUGAGAUUUUCAAGACCAGAUUGCGUGAACUACAAAAGAGAUUUCCUGAGCAAAUCAAGGACGUCAGAGGCAGAGGUUUAAUCAUCGGGGCUGAAUUUGCGGAACCACCGACCGAAGUCAUUAAAAGGGCCAGGGAACUAGGCCUACUGGUAAUCACUGCUGGAAAAAGCACCGCCAGAUUCGUGCCCGCUUUGACUAUUGAAGACUCAGUAAUUGAAGAAGGUCUGGAAAUCUUUGCAAAGGCUGUAGAAGCAGUGUACAAAUGA